AGAAAGGUGUGUUGAUAAUAAAAACCCAAGACCCUAUACACUCUCUGAAAUCUGUCUCUUCUUCUUCAACCAUUUCCUUCGUCUUCUUCUUCUUUAACCUCUCGUCAUCCAUUGCCUCUCUCAUGCCUGUCAGGGCUUUGACUAUCAUCCUCACGAGAGAUUUGGCUUUGAUUCGCUGAAAGACGGAGUCUUGAAGCUUAUCCGAUUGGGAGAGUGAUAGAACUGUGGAAAUGAAGGAAUCACCCGUGCAGCUUCAAGCUCUCGGAGCAAAAAUAUCCCACAACUAAAGAAAUGAAGGAAUAUAGUAAGUCUCUGGGGUUAACAGUGAAAGAAGUUAGUGGAUGGUUCAUCGAGAAGAGAAGAAGAGACAGGGGGAAAGCCGGAUGUAUUAUGCCUUUAGCUUCAGCUGUAGAGAGAUCAAAGAAAAGAAAGAAUCCUGGGUCAUAUAAUAUAUCAAAUAUGAGUAGUCCAAUGUUGUCCAAAUGCACCUGUGGAUCAUCUGUUGUUGAGAAGAGAUCUAAUGCCGGAAAAAAGAAGGCAAGUGUUCAAGAGUUGUUGGCUCCACAGUACAUUUUGGCUAAGAUUUUCCGCAAGGAUGGUCCACCCCUUGGUGUUGAAUUCGAUUCUCUCCCUUCUCGAAUACGUAAAGCUUCGUGGCUUGUUUCAGCUGAUCAGCAGAAACAAAGAGUGGCAAGAAAGAGAAAGAUUUCUGAGCUGAUUAAUCGGGAUUGCAUUGAGGAGAAUGCUGCACAGACGAAACAUGGUAUGGGCAAGGGUUUGAUGACAGUAUGGCGAGCGACAAAUCCAACUUGCGGGUUAUUUCCUCCUGGAAUUGAUUUAACUGGGGAAGGAAUAGCAUUGCCCCGAAGCUCAUCACGUAAUUCCCGACCUCAGAAGAAAACACAAAGGCAGCUAGCAUCAAUACUGAAGCAGAAAAUGUUGCAGAAGAGGUCAAGGGAAAAGAAGAAACAUUCUAUGAAUAGAGAGGUGGAACUCGGAAAAGAUGAAACCCGAAUAGAAUGCAAAGAGAAGUGUGAACUUGCCCUAUAUGAGGAGGUAUCUGAAGAUAACCGAAAAAAAAUUGUACUAGUGGAUGACGAAGAGUUGGAAAUGAGGGAGCUACAGACAGGACCAAAUCCAGUGUCAUGUUCGGGCCAUCAUCCUAGCAGUGGUCUUCAUGGUUGUUUUCUUUGCAAAGAUUUGCUGCCUCAGUUUCCCCCGAAUUCUGUUAAGAUGAAGCUGCCAUUUGGUGUGCAUCCAUGGGAUUCUACUGCAGAGUCUGUGAAAAAACUAUUUAAGGUCCUCCAUUUCCUUUUUACCUACUCAGUAACUCUGGACAUGUGUUCCUUCUCUCUUGAAGAGCUUGCGAAGGCAUUCCAUGAUAAGGACUCUCUGCUACUUGGAAAAAUUCAUCUUUCCCUUCUAAAGUUGCUUCUGCUUGAUCUUGAAACUGAGCUGCAAAGGGGAAUAUUCACAAACUUAAGUAUAUCAUGCAAGUUCUUAGCGUUGCUUCAUUCGGUUGAAAGCCAAAUUCUUAUUUUCAAUUUGUGGAAGGAUUCACUGAAUCCUCUAACAUGGAUUGAGAUACUGCGUCAAAUAUUGGUCGCUGCUGGUUUUGGUUCAGCAAAGGGUCCUGUUCGAAGAGAAGAACUAAGUAAGGAGAGGAGACUCAUGUUAAAGUAUGGUCUUCAUCUUGGAACCUUAAAGUGCGAAUUGUUCAGAAUGCUUUAUGAACAAGGUAGUAAUGGUUUGAAAGUCUCCGACCUUGCCAAUUCUGCCAAGGUUGCUCAGCUGAAUCUUGCAACUUCAUCAGAGGACGUGGAGCGAUCAAUAUCUGCAACUCUAGCAAGUGAUAUUACUUUGUUUGAAAAGAUUUCUGAUUCAACAUACCGUUUGCGUGUUAGUUGUUUCUCUGAGGAUCCAGAAAAGGGCCAGUCUGAUUCUGGUGACUCUGGAAGUGUUGAUGAUGAACCUGAGGAUGACUGCUCUUCUAGUUCUAGUGAUGAUUCUGAGUGUGUUUCAGAAAAUCUUGCGCUUAGCAAAGUUCGGAGUAGGAGCAGGCAGAAGCGUAAAAGUAAAAGAUUGGAUGUAUGUACUGAGAUUGAUGAAAGCCAUCCUGGAGAACCAUGGCUGUUAGGCUUGAUGGAAGGGGAGUAUUCAGAUCUAAGCAUUGAGGAGAAGUUGGAUAUUUUGGUGGCUCUGAUUGAUUUACUUAGUUCUGGUUCCACUGUCAGAAUGGAGGAGCUAGCGAAACCUAGUGAUGAUUGUGUCCCUAGUAUCUAUACGCAAGGUUCUGGUGGAAAAAUUAAGAGAUCCUCAUCAAAUCAGCAUAACUAUCCACUCACAUCUUGGGUCCAUGGAGGGAAACUUCAUAGUUCUAAAGGAGCAUCUACUUCCGAUUCUCGUAUAGUUGAUUCUUCAUCAGUUGUUGGGGUCUCUGCUAAACAGAGUGGAGAUGAAGCUUACGAUCUUCCUGUGCGAACUGUAUAUCUGGGUUCUGAUCGCAGAUUCAAUAGGUACUGGCUUUUCUUAGGCCCAUGCAACACAAAUGACCCUGGCCAUAGGAGUGUGUACUUUGAAUCUUCAGAAGAUGGUCACUGGAAAGUUAUUGACAAUGAGGAGGCUUUGCAUGCACUGUUGUCAGUUUUGGAUGACAGAGGCACACGGGAAGCUUGUCUUAUCGAGUCACUGGAGAAACGAGAAACUUUUCUUUGUCAAGCAAUGUCGAAUAGACACAUGACUCAAUCAGACACAUCAAGUUUUACAGAUGUUGUUAGAGAGGAUAGUUAUUCACCGGUUUCAGAUAUAGACAACAAUCUAUGUUCGACUGAGAUUGCGAAUAAUCAUUUGUCUUCUCCUCAUGGGGCUAUUAUUUUUGAGGUCGGAAGAAAGAGAGAGCAGAAGCUGAGGUGGACCCGUCUUCAAGAGUUUGAUGACUGGAUAUGGGCUAACUUUUAUUCUAAUCUCAAUGCCGUAAAACAUGGUAGAAGAUCCUAUCUUGAUUCACUUACUAGGUGUAAGAUUUGUCAUGAUUUGUAUUGGAGAGACGAGAAGCAUUGUAGGAUUUGCCAUGCUACGUUUGAGCUUGAUGUCGGUCUUGAAGAAAGAUAUGCCGUUCAUGCGGCUACAUGCAGGAAGAAAGGGGACGAUGAUGCAUUUCCUGAGCUUAAGGUUUUACCUUCGCAGUUACAAUCACUAAAAGCAGCAGUGCAUGCAAUUGAGUCUGCUAUGCCUGAAGAAGCCUUGAUUGGUGCAUGGAGAAAGUCAGCCCGUAGGUUAUGGGUCAAAAGACUUCGACGAACCUCAACUGUUUCUGAGCUUUUGCAGGUAACUGCCAAUUUUGUCGGUGCCAUAAAUGGAGAUUGGUUAUGGCAGUCUGAUGAUGAUGGGCAUUCCAACUCUGUGAUGAUGGAAGAGAUAAUAACUUGCUUCCCUUCUAUUCCUCAAACAUCAUCUGCCGCAGCUCUGUGGCUGGUGAGAUUGGAUAGCUUAAUUGCCCCCCUAAUGGAAAAGGCACAAUCAGAAAGAAACCAAGAGAAAAGGACGAAAAGUAGUACAAGAACGAUAUAAUUCCCCACCUGCCUUCCCUAUUUAUAGUAAUAGGAUGCAUCAUUUACAACAAUUUCUCCACGUCUAUCCAGUUUUUGAUCAUCGCAAUUUAGAGGAUCUUAUGGCAAUAUCAUUGCCAUUGGUGGUCAUUGAACCGAUGCUGCUCCCUGAAUCUAUCAAAAUCCAUUAAAGGUAGACGAGCCUUUCAGCGGCCAUUGUUACACUCUUUGUUUCAAGGUCAGUCCUUAUGGUGAGCUCCUUUGUCAUGCAGCUACUUUUCGGUGUUUGAUGGUGAGGUUAGUAGGAAGAUUGUAUAUCGGAGAGGUUUUUUUUUCUGGCAAGAACGGUGGAAACUUCUUCUGCACCGUACAAGUGAUGAAUCCAGAUACAUACAUGGACAGAGGUUCAGACAUUCAGAGUAUAGAAGCAAGAAGAACACAUCUCAAAAUUGUUCUGUCGUGGGUAACAUCACAUACAUACCCAUGUCCUAUGAUUUUUUUUUUAUUACAAAAUCUCCCAAUUUUUUUUGUUUUUUUCUUGUUACAGCAAAACCGUGCUUUCUGCUGUGUACAUCUUGAUUCUUGAACUUUGUUCUGUUCUGUUCUUAGAGUACAUGAAUUAACUACCGAAGUCUCGGGGAACAGAGCGUU